GAGACUGAGCAAGGAGAACAGAGCAGGGUCAACUCUCGAUUCGAGCGAAGAUAAUCUCCCCCCCUCCCUGCCUCCCUCCAAUUUCCCUGAUUUUCAUUUUCUUCCAAUUGUCGUCUUUCGUAUGCACGUCGGUCCACUUAUAUAAAACGAAUCUCGCGAGAAGGAAAAGAAACCCACGCUUCUUUUGGAGCUCUUGACUCGAGACUCGUGUGCUGGGAUAGGAUCAUCAUGCCUCUUGUCGAUCCCCCGUCUUUCCUGAUUUGUUUCGGAUUCCUCUUUUGGCACCGAGAAAUCGAGAGAUAUCAUAUACGUCGUCCGGGUCUGAUCCGAUCACAGGAGCUCGCGAGCAGCUCUGCCUCUGUUCUUGCUCUGUUUGUGUGAGCUCACUCUGUCCCGCCCUCCUCUUUGUUCUUCGGCUGUCGUCUCUUGAUCAGACCAAGAUACAGAGGGAUUCGUGCUUCUCUAUGCGAUUUAGAUCAAAAGGGGGUUGUUCUGCUCAGGCUUGUCAUAAAACCAGACAGUUUCUCACUUUUUGAUAUUGGAGGGUUUAUCGGGUCGGAGGGUUUUGGGGUUUUACUUGUUGCCCAAGUUCUGAAGGAUCGCCAGAAGAUCUUGUUUCCCCUUUCGCCUUUAUCUUUCCGAAAAAUUUGAAUUCCCGACUAUAUCUUUCCUUCCUUUAUAGUCCCACCACUCGCCAGAGAAGAAAAAGAAUGCCGAGCGUAGACAGCCGAUUCUUGAAUCCUAACAUGAGUACCGAGAGAGUAUUAGAGAAGAAAACACCAGGCAGAGAGGACAGGAGGCUAAUUCCAAUGAGGAAACUCCGCGUGACCUACUGCGACCCCGACAUGACCGACUCCUCCAGCGAUGAAGACGACACGAGAUGUGGUCUCCGUAUUGCGCCGAGGAAGAAGAGCGUACAGGUUGUCAAGGAGAUUGUGAUUCCAUGCGCGAGACACGAGUCCUGCGAAGGGAUCUCUCCGUGCCUCGCCAACAAUUGCCAGAAGUGCAGUACUAGCGGGAACGACGUUCUGAGCGAGGCCAGCAUGAGAGCUCGGGGGUCUUCUGCUUACAAAGGGGUCCGGAGGAGGCCGUGGGGGAAAUUCGCGGCGGAAAUACGCGAUCCUACCCGGAAGGUCCGAGUGUGGCUCGGCACCUAUAGCACUGCAGAGGAGGCUGCUCUUGCCUACCAGAAGAAGAAGCUCGAGAUCGAUCAGCAGAUGGAAUCGCGGAGGAAGGAGGAGGAGGAGGAGGAGAAGGAGGAGGAGGAGGAGAACUCGAUCUACGAUUUGAAGGGUGAAACCGAAGACGAUAGAAACGAUUUGUUUUGCCAUCAGUCACCAUCGUCAGUGCUUGAUGCCCACAAGUCCUCCUCACUUGGCAGGGGACAAGAUGAGCCUGUUUUCCCAGAACAGGACCAGCUCAUUCAAGCGUUUGUCGAUCAAGCACCGUCCGGAUCAACCAGUCAAGAACUCGGUUUGGGAUGCGAGGGCAGCUUCAUGCUCGAUAACGAGUUUGGGAGUUUUUUCGACGGCUUCGAUCUCACGAGAGAUCUCUUCAAUGACCGCGGAGUAUACGAUCUACCUGACAUCGACCUUGAUUUAGGGAGUGACGAGCUCGCUUGGAUCGAUGAAGUGAUAGACAUGGCAUGCUAAUAGAUGAGAGAUAUUAGUUUCAAUUUAUGUAGUUUUUUUGAGUGUAUCUAAGUCUAGAAACAGGGGACUCUGGUUUUUCUCUCGUCAUCUGGCCGUCCAAGGUCUCCUGGUUCUAAUUUUUGCUGAGUGUGAAGAUAACGAUGAUCAGGAACCACAAUUUAAAUGAUCAGAAAUAGUACUAUAAA